GCUAAUACUAUGUACUGUACAUAGUAUGUGGUAUACCGACGGAGCCCAGCAUCCCGUCACAGAAGUUGCCAAAGCAACGUCUCCGGGAAACAACGGUUUCCAAUUUGCCAUGUAACCGGGGCUUCAGGCCAACUCCAACUGAUUUCAGAAGAGCAAUUGCUCGACUCCCUCUCUUUCAAUGGCCUUCAGCCAAGGCCUGCUCCGGCGUCUGCCCUUCUCUGAAUCAGCAACACCCCUCCAAGCGUUGACAUAUCUGCUAGGGGUCUCGCUCUUCAGCAUCUCGUUCCUCGUCUUCCUCAACAGCAGUGUCUCCUUUGUGAUCACCGACCUGAUUGGCGUCAAAGACGGCGUGGGCGAUAUCGUGGGGACCCUCGGCUUCGUCGAUGAGAUCGUAGUCCUCGUCGCGUGUCCCAUCUGGGGACUCGUCUCAGACCGAAGCGGCGUGCGAUAUGUUGCCGUCACUGGAUACGCAGUCAUUGGCCUGGCCCUACUCCUCUUCGUUCAGGCACGCAACGUCUACCCGCAGCUUCUGCUUGCCAGACUGCUCUUUGCUGUGGGCGCCUCCGCUGCAGCGACCAUGGUGACUGCCGUCCUUCCUUCAUUAACCGACGAGACUGGCCCAGCAGGCCGCCGAACGACACGCGCUCCCUCCCCACCAUCUGGCCGACCGAGCGUCACGCUCUCAGUCGAUUCUGAGGUGACCAUCACUCCGGAACGCUUCCGGAACAGCACCAGCUACGAGCAUCCGCUCCAGGACGAAUGGUCUCAGGAAACAGGCGGCAAGGGCAAGUCGUCGGCACUGGCAGGCUUUGUCGGCGUCUUCACAGGCUGCGGGGCUUUGGUCGCCCUAUCACUAUUCCUCCCGCUGCCGGCUCGUUUCAGUAAAAUCGAGGGCGUCCCUCUCGCCGACGCGGUGAGAUACAGCUACUACGUUGUCGGCGUCGUCUCCUUCCUCGUCGCCAUCUUCGUCUUUUUCGGGCUGCGCGGUCUACGAGGCGAGGAAGGCAAAGGCUGGCGUAUGCUUUUCGGCCUGAAAGGCUCAACCGCCCAAGGCGAGGGCUCCAACUCAACCAAGACCAAGCCCCUCCCCUACCACCACCUCCUCAAAUCUGCCCUCCAACUCGGCCUGACCGACCCGGACAUCGCCCUGGGCUACUUCGGCGGCUUCGUCGCGCGGGCCUCGACCGUCGCCAUCUCCCUGUUCCUCCCGCUCUACGUCAACACUUUUUUCUUCAGCCACGGCUUCUGCCAGGGCUCGCCCACCGACCCGUCCCCAGACCUCAAGCGGGAAUGCCGCCAGGCCUACGCCCUCGCGUCCAUUCUCACCGGCGUGGCGCAGCUGGUCGGCCUGCUCUGCGCGCCGCUAUUUGGCUAUCUCUCUGGUAGUAGUACGCGUAGGAAGAGUAGAGAUGGGGGGACACUCGUCGUCAAGUGGCCGAUCGUGGUGAGUACCACGCUGGGGAUAGCGGGCUAUCUCGCCUUCCCGCAGCUGCAGAGCCCCGAGUACAGGGACGUGGACGGGCGGGGGGGCGGUCCGGUGGUGUUUAUGCUUGCCGCGCUCAUGGGAGUAAGCCAGAUCGGGGCGAUUGUGUGCAGCCUCGGGUCACUGGGGCGGGGCGUGCUCAAGGUAGAGGUCGUUGCUGUGGAUGCGGCGGCGAGGGGCCUGGAUGCGGACCAGGAGACGCUGAUUGAGACUGCGGCUGAUGAAGCCGGGGUUGCUGAGACGGCGCCGUUGUUGGAGAGCAACCGCUCGGCUGAGUUGGUCAAGGAUCCGGUUACGCGCGUGCAGCUGAAGGGAUCCGUUGCCGGCGUCUAUUCGUGGUGUGGCGGCGCGGCGAUUCUGCUGUUGACCAAGUUGGGAGGUUAUUUGUUUGACUCGUGGUCGAGAGGAGCGCCGUUUUACUUGAUGGCCAUCUUUAACGGGGUAUUGCUCUUGGCGAGCAUCGGUAUCGAUGUUGGACAGGCGGUCCGAGCUCGCAGGAGGUUAGGCAUAUAAACGGAUCUGGUGUCAGGGGCGCCUCCUGGCUUGUAUGUGUAAUGGUCCAUUUUCGAAUGAAUUAUAGAAUUCAACUCUAGACUACGGCAAUGGU